ACUGCUCUGGCUGGGAUCACAACAGAGGGUCCUGGACAGAGCGGGAGAAAAAUGUAGACUAAAAAAUCAAACUCACAAAAGAAACCCAGACUUACUAGUCUGACAGAGACUGGAGGAACCCUUGAGUCUGUGGCCCUAAGACAUGCUUCUGUCCUGGAACUGAAAGCAUUCCCGGAGACCACCUUUCAGCCAAACAAUAGACAGGGCAUAAAAUAAAUGGUAACACCCAAGAAGAACGUAUUCCUUAGAACAAUCAAUUAUACGAGAUCAAAAGGACAGCAUUUGUCUAAGAGCAAAGAUGAGAAGGCAGGAAGGGGUAGAAAAUCCUGACAAAAGGAAAUGGAGAAUCCAGGGCAGAAAAGGGGAGAGUACUGAAACAUGGGGAAUGUAACCGAUGUCAUGGAAUACUUUAUGUACAAACGGGAAACUAAUUUGCUCUGUAAACUUUCACUUAAAGCACAAUAAGUUUUUUUUUUUUUUUUUAAUGAAAGGUUGGGUUUAUAUUAGUUGACUCUGUAAAACAAAUUGUUUUAUUAGGGGGAGGGUAAUAUAUACAUACAGUUUUAUUUAACUAUUAUUAGAGAAGAAGGAAAAAGGUGGGACUGGGCUGCUACCCUUGAGAUGCAUCAGCGCCUGUGGUGGCCUUCAGAGCGUGACGAGAUACUGCUCCGCUGUCUCUCGGUAAUCGUGCGUGUUUCUAACGGUGAUGAUGACCAGGUGGCUCAGUCUUCCUGAGUACACACUGCAGGAGUCUGCAUCGACAACCAAGACCUCGUGGGCGGGGGCCUUGGUGGUCCUGGAGGAGAGCCUAGUGCAGAGGGUAGGGCAGGAGUCUGCUCUACAACCAAGACCUCAUGGGUGGGGGCCUUGGUGGUCCUUCAGGAGAGCUUAGUGCAGAGGGUGGGCUGGACGCCCUGGUUGGAUCCCAGAUCUUGGACGAUGGGUGAGCUGUGUAAACUCCCUGGUCUCAGUGUCCUCACCCAUGGAUUGGGGGUGAAGGUAAUACCUCCAAGGGUGUUUUCAGGAGUUGAUGAGUUAGGCCACGCCAAGCUGGGCACAGAGUCAGCACUCAGUAAAUGUUACCUGCAGUGGUGGCGUGCUAGGUACAGGUGUUUCCCUUUCACCUGUCACUUGGAAGUAUAAAUAAAGGACUUGAGGGGCCCCUUAGCCUGUCCUUGGGAAGCUGUAUCUGGAUCCAGCUAUUCUACUUCUAAGAAUUUUUGAUAAGGAAAUAAUUCAAGAGAUGUGCCAAAAUGUGAGCACGUGGGUAUUUAUCGCUGUGUUGAGAGUGGCAGAAAAAUCGGAACCCGCUUUAAGGUCCUGCAAUAGAGGAUUGGUUGAAUAGCUCCUUCAUGGGGUGACAUGCUGAAAAUGUGAUAGAUGUCCGUUUACAGCUGCGGAAGAUGUUGUAAGUAAAAUAGCUGGUUAUAAAACAGCAUGUGAAAUAUCCAAUUUCUGUUCAAAAUAAAUAUGCAUAUGUACAUAGAGGGGGGGAGAAAAACUAAUACACAGAACAAAAGUCUGGAAGGAUGUAGAGCAGAUAUCAUCAGUGGUUGUCACUGGACCAUAGGAUUAAGGUCAUUUUUUACUUACUACUGUUUUCUAAUUUUCAACAAUGAAUAGGUAUCAUGAGUGAAAUAAGAGUACAGAGAAAAUGACAUUUUGGUACAACACAUUAGGAAAUAGAAUGGGGAUAACACUGAACUUAUAUGGGAGUUUUGCCCUUCUGCUUCUGCUUUUUCUGCCUUCUGCUUUUAGCCUGUGACCUCAUAACAUACCGGAGUGAUUAAGAUCUCUUUGUCAUUGUCUUGGGAGAUUCUCUUAUCUCAUCAUGAGCUGACCAGGGCUUUAGUGAUUCUGUUUUAAAAAAGUAGUUGGAAAGCGAAAGAGAAAAGCAACACCAAGCUCCGUGGACACCCAGUGAGCUCAAUCUGCAAAAAGACCAGAACACAGCUGUUCACGCAGCCCCACUCCAGUCCAGGACUGCCUUCAGGAAGCAGAGGGUUAACAUACUAGGACGGUAUUAAGCUUGACUUCAGGAACUGGGUGGUGGCAGUGACCUGGGAGCGCCACUCCUGCUGAGGCUGAGCACUGAUUGGCCCAGGAGGGCAGGAUUUCUUUCUCCGUCAGUUCAGGAAGCAGCUCUGAGCUGUCCCAGUGGCUAAAAAACCCCCGCAGGUAUCCUGGUCUCACCCACCCUUCGUACCUUCGAGGGAAAGUAUGCUCUGAGUUCCAGCUCUCCUUCUCAGGACAGAGCUAGUAAACCCGGAGUAUCCUGCCGACAGAAAGAUGGUCCUUCAAGCCCAAGAGGAGGAGGUUCCCAGUGACCUGACUCCAGAGGAGCGCCAGGAGCUGCAGAACAUCCGCCGCCGGAAGCAGGAGCUGCUGGCCGACAUACAGAGGCUGAAGGAUGAGAUAGCAGAAGUAGCUAAUGAAAUCGAGAACCUGGGAUCCACAGAAGAAAGGAAGAACAUGCAGAGGAACAAACACGUAGCCAUGGGCAGGAAGAAAUUUAACAUGGACCCUAAAAAGGGGAUCCAGUUCUUAAUGGAGAACGAUCUGCUCAAGAACACUUGUGAGGACAUUGCCCAGUUCUUGUAUAAAGGCGAAGGGCUCAACAAGACGGCCAUCGGGGACUACCUGGGGGAGAGAGAUGAGUUUAACAUCCAAGUUCUUCAUGCGUUUGUGGAGUUACACGAGUUCACUGACCUUAACCUUGUCCAGGCGUUACGGCAGUUCCUGUGGAGCUUCCGGUUACCAGGAGAGGCGCAGAAGAUCGACCGGAUGAUGGAGGCAUUCGCCCAGCGGUACUGCCAGUGCAAUAAUGGGGUGUUCCAGUCCACAGACACUUGUUACGUCCUGUCCUUUGCCAUCAUCAUGUUGAACACCAGCCUGCAUAACCCCAAUGUCAAAGACAAGCCCACGGUAGAGAGGUUCAUCGCCAUGAACCGCGGCAUCAACGACGGGGGGGACCUGCCCGAGGAGCUCCUGCGGAAUCUGUAUGAGAGCAUAAAAAACGAACCCUUUAAGAUCCCAGAAGAUGAUGGGAAUGACCUGACUCAUACUUUCUUCAAUCCAGACCGAGAAGGCUGGCUGUUGAAACUCGGAGGUGGCAGGGUGAAGACGUGGAAGCGGCGCUGGUUCAUUUUGACAGACAACUGCCUCUACUACUUCGAGUACACGACGGAUAAGGAGCCCCGGGGGAUCAUCCCUUUGGAGAACCUGAGUAUCCGGGAGGUGGAGGACUCCAAAAAACCAAACUGCUUCGAGCUUUACAUCCCUGACAACAAAGACCAAGUGAUCAAGGCCUGCAAGACGGAGGCUGACGGGCGCGUGGUGGAGGGGAACCACACGGUGUACCGCAUCUCCGCACCGACGCCCGAGGAGAAGGAGGAGUGGAUCAAGUGCAUUAAAGCGGCCAUCAGCAGGGACCCGUUCUACGAGAUGUUGGCGGCGCGUAAGAAGAAGGUCUCCUCCACGAAAAGACACUGAGCAGCCCAGCCGCUGGCACCGAAUCUGGGGGCGACAUGCGCCGUGGCCCCUGCGAACGGGAGCGGGUGGCGGAGCAGGAGCGGCUCCGUACUAGGCAUUGCCCCGAAUCCUAGAGACUAGCUUCAGCUUUUGCUAUUUUUUAAAAGUGGGAUAGGUGGGCUGUGAUCCCUAGGGGCGAGGGUCUGGAAGCCUCUGGAAGCACGGAUUCUCUGGCCUCUGUUUGUUAGAACGGAGCUCCCAGCAGCCCGCAGCCUCCUGACGCCUCCCCACUGUGCAGGUCUGAUAGCAAAGCCGGGGCCGACCGUUUACCUCUCGUUACAUCCUGUGAAGAAGGCUUCACCCUGCACCAUAAACACACGUCUCCGUAUCUAUUACAUGCUAAGAAAAAGGUGGAAUGGAAGAGAAGCCACAUGCUAUAAAGAUAUAUUUUUAUUUUCAAGAAGAAAAAAGAUAACGUAGAGCUUUUCCGGUGCGUCCUGCCCCAUUGCUGUGGGCGGCUCCCCCGGGAGAAGCAGCAGCUGCUGAGGCGUGCUGGCCGGGCUCGCGGACAGGCAGGGCCUGCCUCCUGUGCCGCCGCCCACGGGGCCACCCAGGCCUGGUGCUGGGUCCUCGCUCUGCGCCCGUCUGAGCGCGAGGGUGGAGGGGGUAGAGGGAGCAGUGGCUGCGGCGAGCACUCAGGACCUGUCGCGGAGUCGGAACGCAGUGCCGCCGUGGCCUCGGGGACUCGAGUGGCCGAGGCUGUCAACUGCAAGUGCCUGCAGAGCACUGAGGAGGGAAGAGACUCGUCUGGACACUUGAGUCGUUUGUUCUCUUUCAGAAUUCAAGUUCUUGUUGGGCUUUAAAAUAAAAAGUCAGCAUCUU